GAACGUUCGUAUUCCGCCUACUAGCGGUUGCAAUUGAUCUGACAGAUCUCAGGUCUAUGUCACUCUUCUUGCUUCGAUGCCGAGCCUGUCUUUGAACUUGCGAGCUUCUAUCAAUCGAAACCUUAAUGAUAUUGUUGAACUUCACGAAGAUUUGCUAGGCGAGCUUCACCGAGCAGUACCUCACUCCGAAUACACGCAGAAAAGUGCCGAAUUGACGAUAAAAACCACGAGUCAUGCACACCAUCGCUGGCGAAGUCUUGAUGCAGUUCCUGAGCAUGUAGGAGGCACAUCUUGGCUUCAAAAAAUUCCAGGAAUGACCGCAGAGCCCAAGGUUGCAGCCGACGUUGCUAGAGUAUUUGGCAAGAAGAUGAAUCGAUUCUUUGUCUACGAGGAGUACGGGGCCAAAUAUGAGAUGAUGAUUAAAGACGUUGCCAAUACAUACAGAACCAUUCCUCAGUGGGAGACGUAUCAGAGGGGAUUCGAGGCCCUUGCUUCAUCUCUGGCCUCAAUCAAUAGCCAAAAUGACAGUUCGAAAAAAGCUUUGACAAUUGGGGAUCUAUUGGUCAAGCCAAUCCAGCGUGUGUGCAAAUACCCUUUACUAUUCUCAGAAUUGCUGAAGCAGACACCUGUCUGUGACUGCCCAGACUCGCAUAUGGAGAUCGACAAUGUCCUCAUUCGACUUCGAGAGGCAACAACUGAAAUCAAUCGCGCAACCGAUGACCCAAGGAUGAAGGCUACCAUUGAAAAGUCCUGGCUUCUGCAAGAUCGCCUCAUAUUUCCCGAUAUGCCCGGCGCUCGGUCAAAGACGUCUAUUCGUACACUUGGCCACAUCCAUCUCUGUGGAGUUCUUCAUGUCUCAUGGCAAACGAUAAAUGGAGUCGAUGGCCAGUACAUGAUAUGUCUCCUCUAUCGAGACUUUCUUCUUCUUGCAUCGGCGGCCAAGAAUGACCAGAUAUACACGGUCCAAGCUUGUAUCAGACUCAGCGAGGUUCGAAUUGAAGAGGUUGAUAAUGGUAGAGGCUUGCAAUGUCACACUGCACCUUGCUCGUGGAAAUUAGUUUUUGAAUGCGACCAUCAGUUAUUUGAGAUCACAAUGAGCGCAUGCUCUCCAAAGGAGGAGCUCGAAUGGCGAAGUCGAUUGGCGGAUCGGUCUGGCAGAGACACUCUUGAUACAGGAGAGCAAGCAUUCUUUACAUCAUUGCUAAUACCCGUUAAACCGAUGGGGGCAGUUUUUGGGAAGCCUGGCACUAUUGCUAGAAGAAUCUCAAUACACAGAGCCACUACCGUUGGCUCAAUGUCUGGACUUUGUCAAGUCAUCAUCAAGAACACAAACGCCUUCAAAGAGACAGCAUCGUGUGCUUCGAUAAACAGAUCCCAAUCCCUCCUCACAACGAACCGGAUCCCCGUCCUUGCACCAGCACGAGCUGACCGCAUUCGGCUCGAAGCCCUUCUGGCAGAUGUAUGGACCAGGGAUAUUUUGCCUUACCCAGGUAUGACCAGUCGAGCACGCAGCGAGCAUCUUGUUCGCGCGUCUGCCAGUUCAAUGAUGCGGAAACUCAGUGUUGCAAGCAUUGCAAGCAACUUCACCAAGCGCUCAGGCAGCAUGGCCAGUCUUCAUAUGACGGCUGAAGACGACGAAUCCGGCGAGCACGACAUCCCAAGAGCCACUCCAUCUCGAGGUGAAUGUCACAGUGAGCCCAAUCAGUUGCCUGAAAGCGACGAUCCCGCACGAUCUCGGCUGUCAGUCAUUCAAGACGAGAAGGAGCAGCUGCUGCACUCAGAACCUAUCGAGAACUCCGCCAGCAUGCCCGUUGGCGCUACCGGAAGCUCUGCCAGUACGCUGCGGAGACUGGCUACACUCAAAGUCAAGAGUUGGAGUCAUGAUGGUCAGCGAAUCAUCACGCCUCCACUUCGAACAUCAAGUGCGAACAGUGUUCCGAUGAACAGGAUCACUCCCACACCCAUGUCAACCAUGACUGAUCUGAUGAUCGAGGAGAAAUUCGAAGAGAAAGAGAAUGUUCCACAAGUUCAAUCGCGUCAGAAGAUGGAUUUGCUGGGAACUGCAAGUAAGCACGCCAAGAAGGAGAAGGAGAAAGAGAAGGGAAGAGGAUCGGGCCUGGGUAAACGUGUUGGUGUCGCUGAGGGCAUCAGGAAUUUCUUCCGUUGAAGAGAGAGCCUUAUGGGUCUAGGGAGAUGGUUACUUCUUGUUAAUGAUAUACUUGGGAUAGCGUUAUGAAGCAUUGAGACUCGUUGAGUGACUCGGGGUUUCGAUUGUAUUGAUUAGAUUUUUGGAAGGACAGUAGGUACUAUUGCACCCUAGGGAACAUACAACUUGUCAUAUCAUAUACUGUAUCUCAGUCCUCACGUCAGGGAAGUUGUCGAAUUGCUCACUCGCGAUCAGCAUGGGUUGGGCAAGGCACCAUGCAAGAAAAUUACAGAGAUCAUGUCACAAGGCAGUUGUUCCUUAAGGCAUGAUGCAUUUUAUGGAUUUCUCAUUGAAUACAGAGGAUCGGGUGCCUAACUACCUACAGCAGGUACCCAUCCAUCAUCAUCUCAUCAGGUCAUAAUAUCGCCAGCCUCCCGAUUUACCAGCUGCUCUUUUUAAUGCAAGCUAGCCAGCCAAAUCAUCGCCAGUAGUAAUAAGAGUGAGUCGGUAGCAAGUAAGCAAGUAGAUGCUCUACUAUGGCUACCAGUCAAUCAAAUUCAAAGGUCAAGGUCCUCAUAUCCCGAUUUCCUCCCUGCCUGCCCAGCCGCCCAUGUCAAAUGUUCUAUCGUACACAUCCUGCACUCACUCUUUCCGAGUGAGGAGGGAUAGGCCAAAGCCGCUUAGUGGCCGGCGCGGGAGCCCAUGCUGUCGUUCUUGGUGCCUUGUCGAGCGACGCCCUGGUAUUGGGAAGGUGGGUCAGUUACUUGUUUUGCGAGGUGGAGAGGAGUGGACAGAGGGGAGGCUGGAUGUGUAAAUACCUCAGUCUCUUGCAUGGUUCCCUUCUCGAUGAUCUGCUUGAUGACCUCUUCCUCCUGACUGGUACCGAACUCGGUCUCGAGGGUUUGGUUGGAGGCACCGUCGAGGGGACCUUGCUUGCCUUGCCUGUGGGGGGAUGCAUGUUAGCAUCCUGGUCAUGUACUCGUUCUUUGGUGAAGUAGGGGACAUUGUAAAUGAGUAGUGAAAUAUGAGCAACAAUAUCUCAGUGCCAGAGAAGAUGGAAAAUAUGGAAAGUAAUGUGAAGUGAAGUGAAGUCUGCUGUGCAGCAGUGUGUGGUGGGGUAAAUGGCUGGAUGAUGGGUGGUGCUGCACCGUAAGUGAGGGGUAAUUUGGAACACGGGUCGAGCAGAACAAACAAACACAAUGAGCAGAACGAGAUGACAACGUACUUGCUAACGAACACCUUGAAGGAGCUGACGACCUGAGCGAGAGGGAUGCUCUUGUCGGUCUUCCACUUCUGAGCAGACUCGAGGUCGUCGACGAAGAUGACAAAGUCCUCGGUCUUGCCCUUGUAGUGGCACUUGACGAUUGAUGCUUCUCCGCGAACCAUGAUGGCUGAGUUUGGGGGGUAUUGGUUGGUGUUGAUUGUUUGUUUUGAUUGUAGUAGGGUUGAGAUCGGUAGAGAGAUCUCAAGAAUUGUUGAGUGUGGAAGUGCUGUGGUGUGUUGUGGUUGAAGUUCUGUUUGUAUGAAGAAGAAGAAGGUUCCAAUGGAGGGGAGGAAUGUGGUUUUGUAGCUGUCGGAUCAGGUCAGGCGGCAGGGCAGAUCGUGAGCUGAUCGAUCGACUGGAGCGAGAGACGAGAGGUUCCUGGCGGGCUCUAGCUCGCUCGGGACCCUACGUCAUGGCAAGACAGGGGUGUAUUUCUCACGCGACAAGCACUGCGCCGGGCCAAUUGUGGGGAACAAUGCUCUUCCUUUC